AAACAUACAAGUAUACUUCUGUCUGUGUGGUACAAACUCACACAGCCCAAAAUGACAAGUAUUGAAAUAAUUUCUAAAGAACACAUCAAACCAUCAUCCCCAACACCUCAACACCUUAAAUCAUACAAUCUUUCCAUCUUAGAUCAACUCAUUCCAGCCCCUUAUGCACCCAUCAUACUCUACUACCCAAAUCAAGAUCAAGCCAGCGAAUUCGACAUCCAACAACGCUUGAAUUCGCUAAAAGACUCAUUAUCCGAAACACUAACUCGCUUCUACCCAUUAGCCGGAACGAUAAAAAGCGAUCUUUUAAUCGAUUGUAACGAUGUUGGAGCAUAUUUCGCAGUGGCUCGUGUCAACACACGGCUCAACAAGUUCUUGAACCAUGUUGAUCUUGAUCUCAUAAACCAUUUUCUCCCAUGUCAGCCUACUUUCAAUGGUUGUAGUGAAGGAAGUUGUGUAAGUAAUGUUCAAGUUACCAUUUUUGAGUGUUGUGGGAUUGCUAUUAGUUUAUGCAUUUCACACAAGAUUCUUGAUGGUGGAGCAUUGAGUACGUUUGUGAAAUCAUGGGCCGGAUCGAGUUACGGGUUAAAACAAGUGGUUUAUCCGAACAUGAGCGCGCCAUCUUUGUUCCCUGCUAAAGAUUUGUGGCUCAAAGAUUCGUCAAUGGUCAUGUGGGGAUCUUUGUUCAAGAUGGGUAAGUGUAGAACAACAAGAUUUGUUUUUGAUUCAACAAAACUAGCCAUUCUUAAGGCAAAGGCAAGCAAAAACGGGUUAAAAGACCCGACCCGUGUGGAGGUGGUAUCGGGUUUGCUAUGGAAGUGUGUCAUGGCUGCAUUUGAAGAAAAUACCGGUUCUUGGAAGCCAUCUUUGUUAAGCCAUGUGGUAAACCUUCGCAAACGGUUAGUGUCAACUUUAUCCGAAAACUCGAUUGGUAACUUGAUCCUUAUCGCAAGUGCUAAAUGCGAUAGUGAUUCGCGGACACCAUUGCAUAAACUUGUUGAAAAAGUGCGCGGUGGUGUGUCGAAAAUCAACGGGGAGUUUGUGAAGAAACUUCAAGGUGAUAAAGGGAGAGAAGUGAUGGAAGAAUCUCUCAAGGGUAUAAAAGAUUGCGCGAACUAUAUCGGGUUUACGAGUUGGUGUAAAAUGGGAUUUUAUGAAGCCGAUUUCGGAUGGGGAAAGCCGGUAUGGGUGUGUGGUAGUGUUUUGGAGGGUCACCCGGUGUUUAUGAACUUUGUUGUUUUGAAUGAUACACAAAAUGGUGAAGGAAUAGAAGCAUGGGUUAGCAUGGAUGAAGCCGCGAUCAAUGUAUUGAAACAUGACCCUGAGCUCCUUGAGUUUGCAUCCGUCGAUCCGAGUCCUCUACAAAUGGUAUGAACCGUUUAAAUGGCCGGUUUGAACCCUUGGGGUUUCUUAUAUUAGUUUCUUUUGUAUGGGUGAAUCUGAUGUUAACUCAAAAGCAACCAUAUGUUUAUGAUCACUAGGGGGGUGUGUGUGUAACGGGUCCGAUCGCCAGCGAUACUAACUAGUCUAUACGAUCAAUAUAUUCGAGCUUGGACUCAAUGAGCUUUAUGUGAGGCUUGAGUCUAUGUAAGCUCGACUUGUUUUUAACUUUUUAUAAGUAGUUCACAAACGAUUCGAAUCAUUUACACCAAUGAUGGUAAUAAAAUAUCACUUUAUUGUGGAUUA